CCAAGCAAACACAACCACAAAUACAAACGAUAAGAGGGAGGGACUUUGUGAGUUUUGAGUCAUCGCACGUAGGAUCUUGCUCUUUCAGUGCUGACCAGCUCCUCAAACCAUUCCACACACUUUGCUCAGGACGAACAGAUCAGUCGGGAGCCAUGCCAAGAGGACGAAGAUCAUUUGAUGCAGAUUCUGACUCCUCCUCUUCUUCAAGCCAUCAUUAUGACAGGGGAAACCACCGAAAUAAUAGACAUAACAAACCAAAAUUCAGCUCAUCGUGUGGUAUAAAAUCUGUCAAUGAGUACUGGGAUCAAUUUACUGAUACUGAUCAUAAAAGAGCUUCAGCAGAUGCUUGUGCAGAUGAUGGCAGUUCCAUGGCCUUUGCAGGGGCCAGUGCUGCCAACCACCAAAAUGGCUGCUUCUCUAGUGAAGCCAAUGCCGGUGUUGUAGCUGUAUAUGAUGGGAACCUUAAGGCAGGAAUGGCAAAUGCUGGUGCAAACGCUGAGUUUGGGCUGGGUGGUGCCAUUGCAGAGGCCGAUGCAGAUCUCACAGCCUACUGUUUUGAGGAGGAUGAUGGUAGAAUUGAAGUUGGAAAGGGUUAUGUAGGAGGUGGACUAGGUCUAGGUGCUGGCGGUGUAAAGGCUAAAGCUGAGGCUGGAAUUGAUGCUGUGAAUGUUUCAGCAAAGCUGGGUAAAAACCAGGAAAUGUCAGCAAAUGUAGGGUUAAAUGUUGAUACAGGGGUUGAAUUUGGUGUAGAUGGGGUUAGUGUAAGUUUUCUUGGCAUUGGUGUCAGUGCAGGCCGUAAUACAGGCAUAUCCACACCUUUUGGUGGCAUCAGUUUCAAACUGUGGUGAGUGCCUGUCUGGUGAUUGUAAAACUGUGGUGCCUUAUUGAUAUGUUUAUCUAGAGGUGACUCAAGAUUACUUUUAUCUUAUGUUGAGUCCACAAUAUGGGAGUAAUGGGACUAUUCAGCCCCCCGAUUCUUUUAGUUUUAUUACUAAUGUGUUUAAUGUCAUAAAUAAUCUCCAGCAGAAUAGAGCAAUAUGACAUGGAAGAAUUCCAGUCAUUAAAAUGGAACGGAAUGACUUAUCUGGAUUGAUGAUUGCUCUUUACUCUUCUUUUUAUUAUUCAAUACUUGUAUAAAUUA